UAAAGAUAGAACACUCUUCUUCUUAUAUGCCAGAAAGAUUUCACAAUAAGUGGAAUAAUGAUUUUGUGCAGUCUUUGGAAACACCAUACGAGGGAUCAGAAUACCGCGAAAGUGUGGAAACACUGGUGAAUGGAGUCAAAAUCUUGUUAAAAGAAUUGCAGAUUGGAUUUGAUGGCGAUCUGAUCGAGCGGCUUGAGAUGGUUGAUGCAUUGCAAUGCCUCGGGAUAGAUCGAUAUUUUCUGGCUGAGAUAAAAGAGGCUCUUGAUUAUGUUUACGGGUCUUGGGAUGGAAGUGUGGGGAUAGGAUUAGGCUGUAAAAGCACUAGAAAGGAUUUGAAUGCCACUGCUUUAGGACUCAGAGUACUUCGACUCUAUCGUUAUCACGUCUCUCCAGCUGUGUUGAAGAACUUCAAGAACAAAAAUGGGCAGUUCAUUUCCCAUGGAAGAAAUAAUGAUCAGAUUGAUAUCAGAGAUGAACACAUGAUGAGAAGUAUGAUCAACCUCUUAAGAGCUUCAAGUUUAGCAUUUCUUGGAGAGACAGUUAUGAAAGAUGCUAAAGUGUUCAGCUCUGCUUAUCUCAAACAAUUAUUAGAAAAAUCUGAAGAUAUAAACCAGAAAAGUUGUUUGAAAGAGGCUGAGUAUUCUCUCCUAUAUGAAUGGGCUUCUACUUUCCCUCGGUGGGAGGCACGAAGUUAUAUAGAAAUAUAUGAAUUGGAUAACAGGUUGAAGGACAAAAUCAUUUUAGAAUUGGUCAAAUUAGAUUUCAAUAUAUUGCAAUCUAUAUACAAGAUGGAGAUGAAAAAACUCUCCAGUUGGUAGCAGAAUUCUGGGGUUUCAAAAUUGAUUGUAGUUAGAGAGCGCUCAAUUGAAUAUUACUUGUUGGCAGUUAGUGCUAUAGAUAAUGCAGAGUUUGGUAGUAGCAGAAUAGCUUUGGCCAAAGCAGCAACUCUUGUUUCUUUACUAGAUGAUCUUUUUGAUGAUUACUUGACCCUUGACCAAGUUGAGCUUGUUAGUAAGGCUAUUGUUCAAGGUUGGGAUAUUUCUAUUGUACAAAAAGUUCCAAACAAUUUCAAAAAAAUUGUGGAAUUUGUUUUUAAAACAUUACAAGAAUUGACAAGUGAGGCAACACAAACCCAAGGACAUGACAUGAUGCAAUUCAUUAGAAAAACAUGGGCAGAUUAUGCAGAAGCUAGUUUGAAACAAGCAAAAUGGAAAGAAAGUCAAUAUAUUCCAACCUACAAUGAGUACAUAAAUAUUUCUGCAACAACUGGAGCAAGUGGACUAUUAUCAUUGCAUCCAAUCCUUUUAGCAUUUCCUAAUUUGGAAGAUGAUGCUAUUGAGAAAAUAUUUCUCAAUAAAUCAAGAUUAUAUGAGAUUAUAUGGUUGAUUGGAUGCAUAGUUGAUGAUAUUCAUGAUUUCCAGGAUGACAAGCUCCAUGGACAAAUAGCCUCAACAAUUUCUUUCUAUAUGAAGGAUCAUCCUGAAUAUUUAGAAGAAGAUGCAUUAAUGCAUAUGAACAACCAUUUUGAUGAAUUGCUUACAAAAUUAAGAUGGGAAUUUCUGAAUCCCAACAAAGUUCUUCUUGAAUGGGAUAGAUUAUACUUCAAUCUUGGUAGAGGAGUUCAAAGCUUUUAUAUAUUUGGUGAUGGGUUUUCAUAUCAUGAAAAGGGAGUCCACCAACGAGUAUUCAAAGUUCUUUUUGAUAUAGAUGCAAUAGUUGGUAUUAAUAUACCAUCUCUCAUUCCUCCCACUUUUGUUAUAGUUGUAGAUUCGAUGCUUGAGGCACUGUCAAGGGAUCAAAUGUCCUAUAUUGAAAAUGGUAGCCCAUGUGCAUCUAGGAUACUACAUGGGCAAAAGAAAUCAUCAAGGACACCUAAACGUCAAAAGGUUCAAGAGAGGGAAGAGCAAGCGGAGCCAGGGGUGACCAGCGGUCCGAGGGUGGAAGGGCCAGCGGGUGCGUUGGGUGGCGGGGCCAGUGGGGAGCUGCGUUGGCCGAGGGUGCAACAGCAGCGGCAAGGGCCAAGAGGGCCGAUGGUGGGGGCUGAGAAGGUGGAGUUGGAGGUGGCCAAGAGGUGGGGCCAGAUGGCGGCGCGGGGCCUGAGGCCUAGAAAAGUCUACUGCGGCAACCUGCGGCAGUUGCAGGGGUCCCACGGUACCCUGCGUACUGUGGGAACCCCAAGAAAAUUUUGA